CCCACCGACCCACCCACACACGCAGCUCACGCCUGCGUUUCGAGGCAGACCGCGUGCAACGAGCUCACCGCUUAUCACGUCUGGUGCCGCUUGCGCCUCCGAUUAGCGCGGUUUGGCUACGAGAAGCGCGACCCGAGGUGCCACGUGGACACAGACGCCAACGAAAUCGGCGGUUCCCAUUUCAAAACGAACUCUUGGAUUUUUCAAGCUCGAGCCGGACGCCCAAUUGCCCGCGACACUUGGUGGGGGCGCGAGUUGAAGGGAUGACGGCGUUGGUGGUGCGGGCAAGGUGGCUGGUGGUGAUGUGGGUGGUGGUGGUGACGGUGGUGACGGAGCCGCACGGAUCGCUCGGCUUCCCCACGGGCGCUCCCGAGGAUGUGUGCGAGGACAUGGUCCCGCAGCACGACGGCUCGAACGCGUUGGCGGGCAGCCCCUACUCGCUCUACACCAGCCACGAAGCCUUCUCAUACGGCUCCAGGAUUCAGGUCAGAAUCGUGGGCACGUACGAGGGCUUCCUGCUGCAGGCGCGGCUCACCAACAGCACGAGGGUGGUGGGCAGCUGGGACAGCCCCCCCCGCGGGACUCAACACCUGCUGUGCACCACGCUGAAGGGCGCGGUGACCCACUCGAGCAAGGUGGACAAGCACGACCAGAACUUCACGUGGAUCGCCCCCGAGGCCAGCCCGGCGGGCUCCAUACAGUUUGUGGCGACCGUGAUCAAGGAGAAACUGGAGUGGCAGAUGAACGUGACGUCAUCCAUCAUCACAACUACAGGGUACGUAGCACCUACCAAGGCGCCAGCUAUAACCACCACCACCACCAAGAAAACCACCACCGAGAAGCCUGGCAACUCAGCUGACUGCCUGGCUGCUCCCGUGUUGUGGCUGACUCUGGGUGCUUUGCUCACAGCCGCCAGAGUUGCGUGCGGCGUCUAAUCCGGGAGAUGCGGUCAGAGAGUGCGAGAGACAGAGAGAUAGAGAGAGAGUCCCAGGAUGGAAGCUGUCACACACUCUCAUUGGUGAAACCACACACGCCACAAUACAAGACGAUACUCACCGCACCACGCCGCAAACAAUCGUCAAGCACACAUCGCAAUGCAGCCAGACGCUGUCUUCCCGACAGACCUGUUCUUCACCUGAGGAAGGCUGCUUGCGUUGUGGCCGAAACGUCGUGAGAAUUAUUUUAUUAUGUUUUAUUUGUAUUAUUAUUAUUUUUUAUUUCCUUUCUACGUGACUUUACCGAAAGAACCAAGAAGAUGAAUCCCUGCAGUCACGAAAGCUUUAAAUCGAAAUUUAAUGCAGCCAAAAUUAAACAUCAGCUGCUCAACGCCAACUCACUCACCCACCACCUGUGUGUCUCCGCACGAAUCUCGUUUUGGUUUCUAAAUGGCUCUGUGGGUUAUCGCCUGCUGGGUGGUGGUGGCCGUGGUGCUGUGCCCGUAGAUUCUCUGUGUCGUUCGUCUGCAUCGCGUCCCCAUCUUCUGCACGGGUCGCCUCUAACGCACCCCAACACGCGCAACACACGUGUGUGUGUGUGUGUGCGUGUGUGUGCCCAACCCACAGUGGGGAGCGGUGGUGCAGCGGUUAGCUCUACGCUGCGCUAUGAACCCAGCGACACGGGUUCGAUUCCCGCUCACGGCCAACACCCAGUGACGAUUAUUUGAAACCGGUCCUGGGCCUCCCCUAGGUCGACUCGGCCUCAAAUGAGUACCUGGUGCGGUGUGUAAACAUCGCCACUGGGGAGACAAAGGCGGUCGGGCGUGGUGCUGGCCACCCACCCCCUCGUGUACCGUUGCGGCCUUCAUAGGUGCUCGCUAACAGCACUUGCCCCAACAGUCCGUUUAGGCUACACGGGGAUCUUUGUCUUUGUGCAGGUGACCCGCACCCACGGUGGGGUGGGGGGGGGUCUCGACAAUUCACAGCAUCGCCAAGUUCGUUGCGGAAAGGGGCCGUCCAUAAAUGACGUCACGUACCUACGGGGGGGAGGGGGGUCAGACAUUUGUGACGAUGUGUGACGAGGGGAGGGGAGGGUUGAGAAAUGUGACGUCACGUCAAAAUGCGCAACUUUAAAUAAAUAUUGAAUUGUUAUAACAGCACUCCUACAACAUCAGAGUGCAGCGCCACAUUAAAUACGCACUACGAUGACAAUAGUUUAAAGCGAUUUGAAGCAUGUUUUAUUUUCAAAAUGGAAAUAUGGUUUAAAAAAUAACAUAAAAUAAUUCUUCUUAUUUUUGUGACGUCAUAUUUGAGGGGGGGUUCUGACUUUUUGUGACGCCGUGUG